AUGUGCAACCUAAAACUGCCAGUUGUCUUCAUUGUACUCUCAGUUACUUUAAGUUACCUGGAAGCUACACCUAUAGAAAGACUAUUGUCUGUGGCUGAUGACCUAUCUGAUGGGACUUCCAACAGACAAGGAUGGAUAUUGCCGGUCAUGUCAAGGAACGCACUCUUGGGACUUAGUGAGGCAAUGCCAAAACAGGCAGGAAAGCUAAAAAGUCACCGCUUAGAGAAACGGAAAUGCAACACUGCUACAUGUGUGACGCAACGCUUGGCUGACUUUUUAGUUCGUUCUAGCAACCACAUCGGAGCAAUUUAUUCACCUACCAACGUGGGAUCCAAUACAUAUGGCAAGAGGGAUAGAGUUGGGCUUUUAAACAGAGAACCCCUAAGCUAUCUACAGCUUUAG